UUUAACAACACCUCCUCUAGUUUUUUGAUAGGUAACAUGAAAUUCCUUACACUCACAGUUUUGAUUGUCCUUUGUGCUUUGAGCAUGGCUCAUGAUUAUGCUGAGCACAAGGUGCACAAAGAAGAGAAACAUGAUUAUUAUGCCCAUCCCAAAUAUCAAUUCAAAUAUGGUGUAAAGGACUUAAAAACCGAGGAUAUUAAGGAGCAAUGGGAGCAUAGAGAUGGUGAUAAAGUUUAUGGUGGCUACCUCUUAAAGGAAGCUGAUGGCACUACACGUGUGGUGAACUAUCACGCCGAUGAUCACAGCGGCUUCCAUGCUGAUGUCAAAACAAUUGGUGAAGCCAAACAUCCUGAAAUCCACAAUCAUGAAAGUCAUGGCAAACAUGCUGGUGCUCAUUAUGGCCAUGCUGAGAGUUACUUUAAAAUUGAAAAGCAUUUAGAAUAA